CAUGCUGUCCCAAUUAGCGUGCUCCCUACGCAACUAUCUAACCUCUAUUGUUAAUGCCGUCUACCCGAGCAAAUCGGCGCAGGAACCUUCGGAAAACGAUGAAGACGACGUCGUGCCCACCAAAAUGUUACUCGUGGUCCGAGACGAUUUGAAAAUGUCCAAAGGAAAGGCCUGCGCACAGGUGGGACACGCCGUUCUGGGCGUCUACAAGCGCGCGUUAGAGCGACGUCACAACUACCUGGAACAAUGGGAAACGUCAGGACAGCCCAAAAUUGUUACAAAAAUUGAUUCAGAAGGAGAAAUGGACACAAUCUGUGCCCUCGCUGAAGAAAAGGCUAUUCCCACCUACAUCACUCAGGAUGCUGGGAGAACACAAGUCGCCCCAGGCAGCCGAACCGUCUUGGCUCUGGGUCCAGCCCCGGUUGAGCUCAUCGAUUCCAUAUGCGGCCACCUCAAGCUGUACUAGUGCCACCAAGGUGUGUUCUUGCAGCUGAAGCCCCGCGGU